GAGGUUUCGGUUGUAUCGACAGUAGUUGUAGUGCGUGUGAGCGAGUCGCAAAGCCGUCGGUGUUUUGAUUAUUUGCUGCUGGAUUGAAAGAAAAGAAAAGAUAUUGUGAUUUGGUGAUUUGCUUACAAAUCCACUUUUCGUUGUAGUUUCAGCUGCUUCCACACGUCUUAUAUUUACAUACAUGCGAAGCUUUUUGCAAAAUUUUGCCCAGAAGGGAUAUAAGUGAAAAGAGGUUUUUUUUUUUGUAUAGAAGCAAGCAGUAUAAACUACAUACAAUUAAAUCAAAACUAAUGCUUACGGUAAAGUACAAAAGAACUUUAAAAAAAGUGUUUGAAAAAAUCUCCUUAAACGGAAAUCUUGUCGGGAAGAAAUAAGUAAAUAAUUAAAAAUAGAAAAACAUUCAAAAUUUUAAACAAAAAUAUUGCAAAAAAUAAAUAUUUUCAACAUGCCACACAUAGCUGCCACAAGUGCAGCAUCAAGCAUGAGCGCCACCACAGUCAGAUUUGCACGUACACCCAGGCUUGCGCUGCUCCUUCUGUGCUGUCUGGCCAAUUUGUGCAUCAAUGCAGUACAGGGCAGCCCGUUGGUGCCUAGAGCUGAGCAGCAAGAUGUAAGCGACUAUCAACGUUUGGUGAAACCCCUCAAAGAACCAAAUUCGGCGGAGGCGCGUGAACAAAGACGACGUGUGGCAUGCCGCCGCGCUUGUUGGGCCAAGUUUGUUCCCGAAAAUGCGGAUUGCCUAAAGGACACGAUUUGUUAUCAGGUAAGCUACAAUACAAAGACUUAAACGCGAGCUGUACGAAAAACAGAAUUGCCCUUUGGCGUAAUAAAUGUAUGUAUGUAUUAAUACACACCCGGUUGGUAGGUGCGCUCAGGCCAACAAGGCGUAUACGUAACACACGAAAAUUCGACGCUACUAAUACUCAUAUACGAGUAUACGUACACAAAAAUACAAGAUAAGCAUCUGUGCACUCCAAAAAAUAACAAAUAAAAAAUAAAUAAAUAUAUUUCCUCCAGUCUUAAAUUUAAUGAUGUUGCUUUGUUGCGCGAAAAGAUAAUUUUGUUAUAUUUUGUGAGCGUUUUUUCAUUCUCCCCUUUCUGUAAAAUCAGGUACGUUUGUAUAUUAAAACGCAGUACAUCGCUCGCAGCUAGACAAAUUUCUUCUACCUCGCACAAAGCAAAGAAAUAUCAUUAUAUUACACAACAACGUAAUUUCAUGCUUGAGACACAUUGCGUUUUAAAAAUCAACUGGAAUAAAAAACUGAAAACAAAGGCAUUUGGUAAAGCUCUAAGAUGUGUUUUCGGAAAACAUAUUUGGCGCUUUGUAACCGCUGAAAUAACUUUCGAUCAAGCUCCUCCUCCAAAUUGUGGUGUGUGUCUUAAUACUGCCCCAACAGUCCGAUAAACUUUUUGAGGAGCUUAAAUUUAAUGUUAGAAAUGAACUUGCAAUUAAUUUUCUAUAUUUUCUGGUAAUCAGACCAAAAUUCGAACCCUGAAACUGCGAAGGGACCAAAGCCUCUGCGUAAAAUAUUUAUUUCUCUUUCAAACACGUAUUUAAGCAUAUUUUCGAGCUCUAAAGAAAUGGAAAAGCUCCAUACAAAAAACACUCAGAAAAAGGUCAAACAUUUUCUGGUGUUAAAUUUUCUUGGAACAGUGUUCAGCUUCCAAGAAAUUCAGCUAUGCCGCUGCCUUCGAAACCAUAACCAGAAAGCAAAGGUGAAUUAGAAUCUUGUUGACAUUUAUUAAUCAGGAAGUUAUGAUGCAAGAAGUUGCUCAAGCAAUGGAUUGUGGAAAAAACCAUCCUUAGGCAAAGCCGUUUCGCUCUCAAAAAUCCAAACGACUUAACAGUACAUGAUAAUUUAUAUUCCAUUGUGUCUGCAAGCUACCUCCGCUUCUCUCCAGAAGCAUGUAUUCCGUUCACCUGUUUCCUUUGUAAAAACUGAAGAGGAUCUCCCUUAAGAAAAAAAUACUUACUUGAGUUACUUUUAAAUAAUGUCCA